GCCCUCUUGCCCAAGUGGGAAAUGCACAUUUAUCUGGGGAGCUGCCAGCAGCUGGCUGUGAAGCGACAGCCCUUCUCAGAGCCCCAGCCCUCCCGCCCCGCCUCCAUCCUGCAGAGGGAGGCCAUCCCAGGAGCACCCAGCCUUCCGUCUCCUCUAGCGGGACAAGCACAGCUGGGCUUUGUGGCCUCAGCCUUUAGGCUCUGCCUGUGCCAGGCUGGGUGGGUGCCUGGGACCCAGACCCACCGCCCAGCCCAGGGAUACCUCCCUGCCAUCCUCUAUAACAAAGGCAGCAAGAACCAGCGGCUGCUGUAAUGGAAACUUCCUGGCCAGUCUGUGGGCCACAGCAGCUCGGGUUCCGCUCCGCCUGAGGCUCGGCCUUCAGUAUCUCAUCGGGCGGGUGGGCCUUCCAGCAACACAGGGCCGCACUGCAGGAGCCAGUGUCGCCGUGUCUUUCCCGCCCAGGACUAUGCUCCAGUAAAUGAAGACCCCCACUCGAGCCUGGCACCCCGACUCCCGCCCAGAAACCCCACAUCGGACCAGAGAGGAUGAGGAGACCUCGGGGUGCUCAGUGCGGCCCUGGCCUCAAGUGGAGGGAGGCAGGAAGCGCCCCCCAUCCAUCCUGAGACGGAGCUGGCCGGAGCGCGUGCCCCACAAGGCUGAUCCACCGAGGAGCUCAAGACAUGUGCGGUUCCAGGAGCCCCUGGAGGUGGCCGUCCACUUCUCUUCCACAGACAUCGCCCGCAGGGAGCCCACAGCUGCAGUCCAGGGUGGGACGCUGCAUCCUGUGCCCCGGAGAAGCUCCCUCCUCCUGUGGCUGUCUCUGUGCAUCCUGCUCGGGGUGGCGCUGGGCCUGUACUGCGGCUGGGCUGAGCCUACCACCACGGCCCUGGAGAAUCUGUGGGCCCAGCUCAGGAUCCUCAUCCUGCACCUCUGGCACAUGGCCCUCAGUGGCUGGCACUGCUUCCUGCAGCUCUGACCACAGCUGGAGGGCAGUGUCAUCACCAGAGCCCUGCUGGGUGAGGCUUCAGGAACCCCUGGGUCUUUGGGUCUCGGGCUCUGGAGCUGACGGGGGACAGCACCACAGGGCUGCUGCAGGGGCCAGGGAAGGGGGCACCACUGCCUGAGGUCGGAUAUGGGGGAACAUAGCAGGGCCCUGCUCCUCUCAGUACAGCCACUCCCUCCCUGAGUGUCAGGGUGCACCAGGGCAUUACCCAAGAAAGGACUUCAGCUACCACCCCAGCCUUUGCCCACUUCUAUCUGGCAGGAACUGGGUAUCACAGGGGAAGCCCUGCACCUACAGGACCCAGAAGGUGGAUGCACCUCUGCUGUGUGGGGCCACAGCACUCAGAGUCAGCCCUGCCUGUGCCUGCCACCUCCGUGGAGUCCACCACGGGCACCAUCCUCCUGGUCAGGUCUGACCCUACCAGGCCCCUCUAGACCCCACACAGACACCAAGAGGGACCGCAGAGGAUGCUGUGCCCACUGGGCUGGUGGCCAGCUGAGUGCAUGGGACAGCCUGAGGUGUCCUUCCCCCACUGACACAGGAGAAGCACUUUCCACCAGAGCUUCUGUACCACCUCCGGGCUGGGACUUCAGGGCAAUGCAGCAAGCAGCCUGGCUGGAGAACCCUCCAUGGCCAGAGCCCCUGCCAGGCACCAGGGGCUACUCCCUCCCUGCCUCAGUCCCCUCAGCUUCCCUUCAGAGCAUCUUGGGGCCCACUGAGGCCCUGGGCCAUAUCCUCCAGACAGGCACAUCAGCCCCUCACUAUGCUCUGGGUCACAGCCACCCUCCCAGGCCUCAGGAACCCUAGGCAGUGGUCCCAGGGUCUCUUCAGACCCAGAAUUCAGGGACCUCAGGAUGGAGGACCCCAUGGAGAGGGCCCAUUUCCAGAAGUGGCCUGGAAAGGGCCACAGGAGGGGACGGGCACCUCCAGCACCAACCAUCAGCAUGGUGAUCGCCCGUGGCAGGAGUCACCUCAUUGCACCCCAUCGGGGGGGUAGUUUAGCCACUGACGCCCACAUUCUAGAGGCUGAGAGGGGAGCCUCAGCCCUCUCUGGGCCUGGGGUGCAGCACCAUUCCCGCUCUCCAGAGGGCACUCAUCCUGCUCUACAGCGAGGCCCAGCGUGAUCCCUGCAGGGUCCACAAACCCACGUGCAGCCAUCCAAGUGCUGCCUGGAGACACAGCCCCAGAGAAGUUACCCAAUCCUGCCUCACCCUGGGGGUCAUGUGGGGAGCAGAGACCGGAGCUCCAGGAUCAUGGACAUGACACUGUAGCCUUGCAGAAGACUACUCCUAAUAACCUCUGAAGAACUGGAACAGAGCCAGGAAGCAGCGCUUGAAACAAACUAGAAGCUGAGCAGGUGGAGCAGUAUUGGGAAGGUUGGCGCAGAACAAACUCCACACCCCAGAGACACUU